AUGCUGCCGACCACGUACAAAAAACUAAAACAAGGUAACCUUCCAGGAUGCCACUGCGUUGUUGUGCUAGCCACGUUUCUGCUUUUAUGUGCUCUUUCCUUGUGUGUCGAGUCUGUGAGAGGCGGCACCAGCUUCCUCAGUCCUGCUCAGAAACCACAGGGUCGAAGGCCAUCAUGGGUGGGCAGAAGAGAUGCUGCAGAGCCAGAGAUCCCAAUGAUUAGAGAGGAUGAUCAGUUUAAGGUGAGUGCUCCAUUUGAUCUGUCCGUGUCUCUGAGUAAAGCGGAGAACGAGAAAUACGGCCCUGAGCUGCAGAAGGUUCUGGUGAAUCUUCUUAGCGAUUUCCCACUUGAAUUCUGA